AGAGCCCAAAUAAACAAAGUUAUCUUAAGUUCUUAACAAAUAAUAUUUAUAAUUUUAUACCCGAUUCCUAAACCUCAGAACCUGAUACGGUGAGGUGAGCAGUUGAGACUUGAGAGAGGCGGACAGCAGAGAAUCAGAGUGAGGCUGAGGCGGUCCAGCUGGACCAGCCGUCCAGGCGGAGGAGCUUCAAGCUUGCUGCCUUGCUUGAGCCUUGAGCUGUUUUCUGUUGAGCAGAUGAGAACAGACUGAACAGUGGAGACUGGAGACUAGAGAGAGGCGGAGAGCAGAGACUAGAGAGAAAGAUAGCUAACACUCAAAAGGCUCUCCCCAACAUUGAAAAUCUUAUUGUUGUAGCAGUAAUUUUGCUGUUUCCCAAAAGUUCAAUGUCUCUCAGAAAACCACCUAUCCCACGUCUCCUCCUCAACAAUGUCUCUUGCAUGAGAAAUGCCCAACAAAUACUGCGACAUGUAAAUGUAUCCCUUCACGAUGGUGGAGCACUUGUGCUUACAGGCACCAAUGGUUCAGGCAAGACCACUUUUCUCCGUAUGUUAGCUGGAUUUUCUAAACCUUCUGCUGGUCAGAUCCUAUGGAAUGGUCAUGACAUUACACAAUCAGGAGUGUUCCACCAAUACAAGCUUCAGCUCAAUUGGCUCUCCCUGAAAGAUGCCAUCAAAGAGAAGUUUACAGUCCUUGACAAUGUUCAAUGGUUUGAAGUUCUUGAAGGUAAGCAAGGGAACUCUAUGCCUGCAUUGGAGCUGAUGGGUCUUGGACGGUUGGCAAAGGAGAAGGCAAGAUUGCUGUCAAUGGGCCAGCGGAAAAGGCUGCAGCUUGCAAGGCUGCUGGCACUGGAUCGGCCAAUUUGGUUGCUCGAUGAGCCUUCAGUUGCAUUAGAUGAUGAUGGGGUGAAGUUACUUGAGUAUAUCAUUUCUGAGCAUAGAAAGAAGGGUGGCAUUGUUAUUGUGGCAACACAUCUGCCAAUUAAGAUGGAAGAUGCCAUGUAUCUGCGGCUGCCACCAAGAUUCCCGAGAAGGAUUACAUUGGUAGAUAUGCUUGAUCGUGCAGACUUCUAAUACCAUCCCAAUUUUGUUUCACAAUGACCCAUAGAAGACACUGGAAUUGCAGAUAUGAAAAUGCAUCUUUGGUUCUUUUUCUUCUUCUUCGUUAUUAAUUUGUAUCUUUUCAAAGGCUGUGGGACCAGCGUUGAGUUGUAGCACUCUGAUGGUCUGAAUAACAAGGAAUGAAAUUGACAACAAAAUUAUCAGCA